UCCCCAUCCAGACUGCUCAAGCGCUGGUGAGGAAACGGGAUCCUCCGUGCCUCAGUCCGCUGAAAGCUCAGUUUCACCGGAGUGCUUCAAACUGUCUCUACCUUUGUCUCUGACAACGACGCGUCACUUUGAUGGGGAACUCGAUAUCAGGGCGGGAAAAUGCCUGUUAUGAAGGGAUUGCUCGCGCCACAGAACACAUUUUUGGAUACUAUAGCGACGCGUUUUGACGGCACACACAGCAACUUCAUCCUGGCCAAUGCACAAGUGUCCAAAGGCUUCCCGAUCGUGUACUGCUCGGAUGGAUUCUGUGAGCUUACUGGAUUUGCCCGAACUGAGGUCAUGCAGCAGAGCUGCGCAUGCAAGUUUCUGUAUGGGCCAGAGACCAGCGAGCACAUCAUUCUUCACGUGGAUUCUGCGCUUGAGGAACGUAGCGAGCUCAAGGAGGAGAUAAUGUUCUACAAAAAGAAUGGUAGUGUGUUCUGGUGUCUGCUGGAUAUUGUGCCUAUCAAGAAUGAGAAGGGAGAUGUGGUCCUCUUCCUUGCCUCUUUUAAAGACAUCACUGACACCAAAGCCAAAUCUAUACUUGAGGAGAAGAAAGGAGAGUGCCGCCGCGAGAAGGCCAAGGGCAGGUCUCCGUUUGGCUCCACUCGGCUGCGAUCUAGCACAGUUCUCUACCAUAUUUCAGGACACCUGCAUAACCGUCACAAACAAAGUAAAAUCAAACUUAACAAGAAUGUUUUUGGUGAUCCACCUGCUCUUCCUGAAUAUAAAGUUGCUGAUGCCAAGAAGUCCAAAUUCAUUCUUCUCCACUUCAGCACCUUCAAGGCCGGCUGGGAUUGGCUGAUCCUUCUGGCUACAUUCUAUGUUGCUGUGACGGUGCCGUAUAAUGUUUGUUUUAUUGGUGAUCAGGACUUGACACGUAGCACCACUGUCACUGAUAUUGCCGUCGAGAUUCUUUUCAUCAUUGAUAUCGUGUUCAGUUUCCGCACUACGUACGUGAGUAAGUCGGGGCAGGUGAUCUUCGAUGCUCGGCAGAUCUGCAUCCAUUACCUGACCACCUGGUUCAUCAUCGAUCUUGUUGCAGCUCUGCCCUUUGAUCUCCUUUACGCUUUCAAAGUCAGCGUGGUGUCAAUGGUCCAUCUGCUAAAGACCGUACGCCUGCUGAGGCUCCUGCGUCUGCUGCAGAAGAUGGACCGCUACUCCCAGCACAGUACAGUGGUGCUGACCCUGCUCAUGUCCAUGUUUGCACUGCUGGCUCACUGGAUGGCCUGCAUCUGGUACAUCAUUGGCAAGAAGGAGGUGGAGAGCAACGCAGACACCUGGGAUAUUGGUUGGCUGCAUGAGCUUGGGAAGCGGUUGGAGUCUCCAUACGAGGGGGUGAGCUUGGUAGCGGUUAACAGAACGCUGAGCAGUGGACCGUCUUUGCGGAGCAUCUACAUCGCAGCGCUGUACUUCACCCUCAGCAGCCUGACCAGCGUGGGCUUCGGAAAUGUCUCUGCCAACACUGACGCAGAGAAGAUCUUCUCCAUCUGCACCAUGCUCAUUGGAGCGCUGAUGCACGCUCUGGUCUUUGGCAAUGUGACGGCCAUCAUCCAACGCAUGUACUCACGCUGGUCCUCUUACCACACACGCACUAAAGACCUGAAAGACUUCAUCCGUGUGCACCACCUGCCCCAGAGCCUCAAACAGCGCAUGCUGGAGUACUUCCAGACCACCUGGUCUGUCAACAAUGGUAUCGACUCCAAUGAGCUCUUGAAAGACUUUCCAGAUGAGCUGCGUUCGGACAUCGCGAUGCAUCUGAAUAAAGAGAUCCUAGAGCUGUCCGUCUUCUCCUCUCUGAGCCGUGGAUGUCUCCGCUCUCUCUCCCUGCACAUAAAGACUUCGUUUUGUGCACCGGGCGAGUACCUUCUUCGUCAGGGAGAUGCUUUACAGGCUCUUUUCUUUGUCUGCUCCGGCUCCAUGGAGGUGCUAAAGGACAGCAUGGUGCUAGCCAUCCUCGGUAAAGGCGACCUGAUUGGUGCAAACAUGUCGGUGGGUGACCGCGUGAUAAAGACGAAUGCUGACGUGAAGGCGCUGACGUACUGCGACCUGCAGUGCAUUAAUCUGAGGGGUCUGUAUGAGGUGCUCGACCUGUAUCCUGAAUACUCCCACCGUUUUGUGCAGGACAUAACACACGACCUCACCUACAACCUGAGAGAGGGACAAGAGAGCCAUGUCAUAUCCAGGAUGUCCAGUAAGUCCAUGGACACACAGAUGGAGGGGAGGGGAAAUGGAGACGUGAUCCAGUGCUAUCCACCAAUAGCUGAGCAUCAAGACGAGGGAGAUGAUGAUGAUGACGAUGAUGAAGAUGACCAGAUACAGUAUCUCAGUGGUGGAACCAAACAGAAAACGCACAUGAAAAUUGAUCACCAAACCAACAAAAAGCUCCACAUUCAGCAUACCACUGUCACAAAGCCUGACCUUGCAAAUCUCAGCCCAAGGGUCGUGGAUGGUACAGAGGACAGUGAUGGUACAGAAAAUUCACACACAUUCAUAUUUUCCUCUGGCCAUCAGCACACCAUCAGUGGUGCAACUAAUACCACUGCCACCACAGCAGAAUUAGCAGCUAAAUCAGAGGACACCAGGGGACAGCUACGCCACCUUAACCAAGAGGUGAACUCUCUCGGACGGGAGGUGGCUGAGCUGGGUCGAGUCAUGCGGAGUCUUGCCUUUCUCAUCGAAUCCAUGAUGGCCUCUCCUCAAACACCAGGUGGCUGUACAUCCACGUUUACCUCGGGAUAUCCAUCACCUCCGGUCCCCUUCCCGAGCCAGGGUUCUUCUUGGACCAGCCCUCCUUUUUCUUCACCGAUGCACCCUGGAAUACGUCCAGGAGGACUUGUAACCCAUCCGCUCAGACCACAAGAACUGCAGCUGGUCUGCCCCACCACAUCUCCCGGUUCCUUUCCCAUCACGCUUUCCUCCUCCUCCUAUACAGACAGAUUCAGAGAGCCAUUAUUGACCCUUUCUCCGCACAGCGCAGUUGCUCGGACCCGCUCGCAGAGCCUGGAGACACCUCUUCUGCAGCAUAACCAACACAUCUCACACACUCCUGGAACUUUACCCAGAGCUGGACAGCCAUCGCUGGGAGAUGGGGAUGAUCAGUCCCUGGGAUUGUAGCAGUCAACCUUUAUAAUGGACAAGUUCCACUGGAAUCUGCGUGUUAACCUGGACUCAGGAAUGGACUGAUAAGAUAAGUGGUACACGCCCUGCCAAAGCCAUGGAGCAAUGGUUCCUUCGAAGAUAUACAUGUUUACUAUCUCAGUUUUUAAGAUAAUCUCUCUAACGGCAUGUCUUUCAAUGCUAGAAACUAAAGGGAUAUCUCUUAUCAGGAAAACUAGUUGGAGUUCCAACAGCAGAAAGUUUAACCUACCAAAAGUAAAACAAACUGAUUGUGAUUCAGAUUCAACCCACAUUUCAUGUUGACAGCAUGCAUUAUACAUCCAAGUACUGCUGUUCAUAUUAAGCAAGCUGCAUACAGCAAGUAGUCUGAAAGACUAGCAUUAGCAAUUUACCUUUUUAUGUAACUGACUUACAAAAAAGAUCCAUCAAAGUUUUACUCUGCUUCUAAUUUAUUCUAAUCACUGAUGCCUAAAGUCCUUUGCAAAACUUCUGUGCAAUGAAAAGUUACACUUUAUCAACAGCAUUUGGAACAUGCUUCAAGUUAUUAGCCAAAAAUAACUGUUCCCUUUGACACCGUUCCUCAGGUUCCAAAUUGUAGUUAUAUUAAUGCAAUUCCACACAAGUACACACAAUUUUUUUUUCUGAAAAUUUGUCCAGUAAUUUCUAUUAUAUCACUAUUCUUAA